AUGGUGAUCAUAGGCUGUGCUUUCCUAACACAGGAGUUGGUGCCAAAUAAUGUCCUUCAGGAUGAUUUCAUCCUUUCUAUUAAGCACUCUGACUACAGCUCUGGAACUACAAAGAUAAACUUAGCUGUCAACAAAUUGCCCCAGUUUUCUUGUUGCAAGUUAAGUCAUUCUGAUCCAGGUCCUCAGCAUGUGGGCACCAUACAUAUUGGUUCUGAGAGCAUGGAGGAGAUUGACUCAGCAUGCCAAGAAGCUGUCAAUGGAUUACCAUCUAGGAGGCCAAUUAUUGAAAUGACAAUUCCUUCUGUUCUGGACAAGACUAUUUCUCCACCUGGAAAGCACGUUAUUAACUUGUUUAUUCAAUACACACCUUAUAAGCCAUCGGAUGGCAGCUGGACAGAUGCUGCUUAUAGGGAAUCAUUUGCAAAAAGAUGUUUCACCCUGAUUGAUGAAUACGCCCCUGGCUUCAGCUCAUCAAUAAUUGGCUAUGACAUGCUGACACCACCAGAUCUUGAAAGGGAAAUUGGUUUGACAGGAGGAAAUAUCUUUCAUGGCGCUAUGGGAUUAGAUUCUCUUUUCCUCAUGCGACCUGUAAAAGAAUGGUCAAAUUAUAAGACUCCACUGCAAGGACUGUAUUUGUGUGGUAGUGGGACUCAUCCAGGGGGUGGUGUGAUGGGUGCACCUGGACGCAAUGCUGCACGAAUGGUUCUUCAAGAUUUCAGAAAAUGAUUUAUUUUAUGCUCGUAAGUUGAAGCCGUGGUGCUUCCAAUGUUCAGUCUAUCUUAAUUUAGCACAUUUGUAAUAUCAAAUAAGUGUCUUGUGUAUUAAACAAUCCCUUCUUCACUUUCACCUAUCUUUUAUUUGUGAGCUGUAUAACAAAAUAGUAUGCAUCUGCUAAGUCAUAAAGGUCAAUAUCAUGGAGGUGGAUCAUGAAACCAUGUAUUAGUAGACAAAAAUAGGAGGAGCAGGAGGAGGCUUUUUUUUUUCUUUUUUGUAGGAAGUUGGCUAUAGUUGAGAGUUGAGACAAUGAAAAAGUUGGACGAACUUAGU